AAUUUUGAACUUGGUAACCCCGGUGUAUCCAUACGUCAGAGGUUUUGGCAGCCCGCGGGUGAACUAUUUUCUUCAUUGUUGACCUUUCCUAAAUCUUAGGUGUAAUUAUUUCAUCAUUAGACGUACUCUGGCUGCACCCUUAUUAUCUAGUUUACAUAUUUAGUCAAAGUUUCGGCGAUGGACUCCGAAGAUGACACAAAGGAUGAUGUGGAUUCUGGGAAUGAGUCUAGCGGAGACGAUGUCGACUUUGCAAUGGACGUUGAGACACACAGUACACGGGAACGACAAACGGAGCUUGAGGAAUAUCGAUAUGAGGUGUUAUCUACGGAGGAAAUCGUUCAGCAUAUGGUAGACUGCAUCAAAGAAGUGAACACUGUUGUCGAGAUACCAGCAACAACAACCCGCAUACUUUUAAACCAUUUCAAAUGGGACAAAGAAAAGCUCAUGGAAAGAUUCUAUGAUGGGGACCAAGACCAGUUGUUCUCUGAGGCUAGAGUCAUUAAUCCAUUCAGAAAACCAGUCAUACAAAGGCCGAAGCUUCCCAGACGGAUAUCAACAUCAGGGGCAGAGGAGUGUGAAAUAUGUUUUUCAGUACUUCCAACCUCCAUGAUGACAGGUCUGGAGUGUGGCCACAGAUUUUGCACACAAUGCUGGUGUGAAUAUUUAACUACUAAAAUAAUGGAGGAGGGCCUAGGUCAGACAAUAGCGUGCGCGGCGCAUGCGUGCGACAUCCUGGUGGACGACGCCACCGUCAUGCGGCUGGUGCGGGACCCGCGCGUCAAGCUCAAGUACCAGCACAUCAUCACCAAUAGUUUUGUUGAGUGCAACCGGCUGCUGCGCUGGUGUCCGUCCCCGGACUGCAGCAACGCCAUCAAGGUGGCGUACGUGGAGGCGGCGCCCGUCACGUGCCGCUGCGGACACACCUUCUGCUUCGCGUGCGGCGAGAACUGGCACGAUCCCGUGCGCUGCUGUCUGCUCAAGAAGUGGAUCAAGAAGUGCGACGACGAUUCGGAGACAUCAAACUGGAUCGCGGCGAACACGAAGGAGUGUCCGAAGUGCAACGUGACCAUCGAGAAGGACGGCGGCUGCAACCACAUGGUCUGCAAGAACCAGAACUGCAAGGCGGACUUCUGCUGGGUCUGCCUCGGGCCCUGGGAGCCGCACGGCAGCAGCUGGUACAAUUGUAACAGGUACGACGAGGACGAAGCGAAAGCGGCCCGCGACGCGCAGGAGCGGUCCCGGGCAGCGCUGCAGCGCUAUCUGUUCUACUGCAACCGCUACAUGAACCACAUGCAGUCGCUGCGCUUCGAGUCCAAGCUCUACGCCUCCGUCAAGGAGAAGAUGGAGGAGAUGCAGCAGCACAACAUGAGCUGGAUCGAGGUGCAAUUCCUGAAGAAGGCAGUGGACAUCCUCUGCCAGUGCCGACAGACCCUGAUGUACACGUACGUGUUCGCGUACUACCUGCGCAAGAACAACCAGUCGGUGAUCUUCGAGGACAACCAGCGCGACCUGGAGUCCGCCACCGAGACGCUCUCCGAGUACCUCGAGCGGGACAUCACCAGCGAGAACCUUGCUGACAUCAAGCAGAAGGUCCAGGACAAGUAUAGAUAUUGCGACAGCCGGCGCAAGGUGCUGCUGGAGCACGUACACGAGGGCUACGAGAAGGACUGCUGGGACUACACAGAGUAAUCUUGCCUCCUUACAUCACACACACGCACUGCCCACACACACACACACGCGCAGUCCCACGUCGGGCGCCAGUGCCGCCCGCACUCACCCGCGUCACGCUUCUAUCGUCUAUAGACUAAAAGCUGCGAACAAAAUCACAUUAUAUUACCUUUCCUACUGGGACCGAUCUAACUGUAGCAGAUAUAGUACGUUUAAGUUUUUACGAGCGAGAGAAUUAACUUCUAUACUGACAUUAUUUCAUAGAACUAGAGUGGUAAUGAAUAGCGUAAUGUAAACUGUUCUAGGCUUAUCUGGCAAACACCCGACAAGUAUUCUCGCUGGUCCGUCAGCUUUAAAUAAAAAGCUUCACAUUUUUGAGAUUUGAUUAAUUCAUCCAUGAUUAGAAUACUAGUAUGAUGAAUUAUGCCUAUUCCUGAUAUUAAAAUUAAAACAGCUGUCUUCCGAUAGACAAGGGAUUUUCAUAAUUUAAAAUUAAGUCUUAUGAAAUCUGAUUGGCAAAUGAUUGAAAAUGAAAAAAAAAAAUACAAAACAAAAAAAGACGUUUGAAAACAAAAUUGUAAAUAGGAGUAUUAAAAAUCGAUAGAAAAUCAUUAAGGAAUUCGAAAAUGAUUUGGUUUUGCAGCUUGAUUAGUCACAAUUAAUCAAUAUUUUUUAGGUAAUGUUGAUCAUAAAAGAAAGAUAAAGAAACAUGGUCACACCAUAGUUAUUGUAUUACAAUAUAAUUUAAUUUCGGAAUUAUUAUAAAGGUUUUAUUUUUGUAAAAAGUCCUUUUAUUGAUAAUAAUGUCCCUCCCGGUAAAUGUUUUAAAAAGCAUUGAGCGCGGGAGCAACCUCCUUACUAACUAACCUGAAUUAAUGAGAAUCAUCUGUGUGCCUGUUUGUCCAUGACAAUUGUUAAAAAAAAAAAAACAAAUACACUGCCUAAUGUUGGCGUGCAUAUAGUACGGUUUGAAAAAUAACUGGUAUUUCCCCCUUCCUUGAGACAUUUUGACCAUCUUUGGAUUAAAUAAUACAGUACUUAUAGCAAAUAUAAAUUGGCAGUGUGUUUGUUCCAACGAGAAAAUGACCUGACUUGAGAUUUUACCCACAUUGCAAGUGUGUCUGUUUCACGAAAAAUUAUGUAGAUAUCAUGCCCAAAUUUUUAAACUACGUGGGUCCGUGUUAUUUUCACAAACAUGUGUUUAAAUGAAAUUAUAAAGCUGUUUUAGUAUUUGGGUAUGAAAGUCAGUUAAUUGUUUGCUUACCAUUCAUUUCAUUUAUGUAAGGAGAAUGAAUGCCUCCAAAAUGAUUAUGUAUUCAUUUUGUUCCUAUGAUAUAACACGGUUUUCAUGAAAUAAGUUGUAUUUAUACUAAUUCAUGAGGACUAGACAAGCAGAUACGUGGACGAUAGUCGUGUCUUAUCAUAGGACAAUAAUGUUUUCAAAAUUGUACAUUUUUGACGAAACAUUGUGUGCGUGUUUGCUCAUUCACUGUGUGUUGUCCGGCUUCAAAUGUGUGUCAUCCUGACUUAGCCGACAAGCGGAAUGUUCAUAUACACCAACUUAGUUAAAAUUUAAAUAUACCACAGUUUAUAAUUUAAAAUUAUUAAAAAAAUAAUAUGUGAUAUUUUCUAUUUAUUUGGACUCAUCAAUUAAAAUUACGCACUCGACUUGCUUCUAAUACUAUAGCGGUUUUUGGUCACAGCUGCAUUAUUUAUUACUUUAAUUUUAUACCUUUGGAACCAAAUUGACUGAUUACACUGUGAUCUUAAACUCUGUAAGCAAACAUGUUUCAGUUUAUAGGAAUUGAAGAGAAACAAAUAUAUGCAACAGUAAAUGACAACAACUGUGGAACCGAACACAGCUAGUAUUAGAGCGAGUACCAAAGAACACCGACUUCGAAUCGAUUAUGAUGUGAUUUCGUGAUGGCAGCAUUUAGUCCUGAGCUAGGUACUCCAGACAGACCCGCAUACUACUCUGCUACAUCUCGUAACAUAAGUCUCACAUUAUAAACGUUCAGAUCUCCUGUAAUAAUUUUAAUAGAGUUCAUUUUAUUUUAUUUUCGACUGUAACUUAGAAUUUUAAUUUUUUAAUUUUAAUAUUAAUCAUUUUUAAUAUUUUAAAGUCGUUUAGCAUCGUGUAAAUCACCUAGUGUAGUUAAAGUUUGAAUCUUUGUAUUAUUACGACCUCAUUUCAUGGUAAUGUAAAAUACUACGAUGUAUUAUAAGUUUACAUAGCGGUGGUUUGUUUCGAUUGUCGAUUUUAUCCUCGAUAACGAGU